AUGACAGAGCGGAAGAUCAAUGCUGGCGUUGCUGAGAUGGAAUCACAGAUUACAUCGCACAAGAGCAUGAACAUCGAGGCGUUCUCAGCGUUCAUUGUGGAUCACAUACAUGCAGAUCUCGCCCUGGAUGAGUUUUACCGGGUGUUAUGA